AUGGCGGCCACGCCAUGGCUGAUGCUUCUCUUCCUCAGCCUCGGCGCCGGAGGCGUACUGCAAGCUCGUGCCCAGCCUGACAGCAAUGGAUUCAUAAGCAUAGACUGCGGAACGCAGGGGAAGGAGGGCUACGUGGACACGGCCACCAAGCUCUUGUACUACCCGGACACGGGCUUCACCGACGGCGCCGGCAUCAGCCGCAACAUUUCGGCCGACUACAUAACACCGUCCUUGUGCAAGUGCUUGUAUACCGUCCGCAGCUUCGCAUCCGGCGUGCGGAACUGCUAUACGCUCCGCUCCCUCCUGCCCGGGCUCAAGUAUCUCAUCCGGGCCAAGUUCAUGUACGGCAACUACGACAGCCUCCGGCGGCCACCCAUCUUUGACCUGCACAUCGGCGUCAACUACUGGCAAACCGUGAACAUCACGAAGCCGGACACGGAGAAGUCCGUGGAGGCCAUCGUCAUGGUGCCAAACGACUUCUUGCAAGUUUGCCUCAUCAACACGGGUGCUGGAACGCCCUUCAUCUCUUUGCUGGAGCUCAGGCCGCUCAAAAAGACGAUGUACCCACAGGUGACUGCGGCACAGGGGCUCGUCCUCUCAGACAGGAUCAACUUCGGCCGUGAUCGAUCGGUCAGGUAUCCCGACGAUCCACAUGACAGAAUAUGGACACAUUUGGUUGAACCUACCGAUAUAUCAACAACGGAGAAGGUAACGGAUAGCCUCUUCGAGGUACCGACGGUCGUGAUGCAGACGGCGAUGAGGGCACGAAUUGUCUCAGGUGGCUUAGGAUUGCGGAAAGGUGUGAUGGAACCCGGGUGCCCCGGCACCCGAUUAUCUGGUCCGUUCGCCGAGUAUAAGAUUCAUGCUAGUUACUUUACAGCAAUGGUGAAUAGCAACAGUGCAUUGAAAAAUUGCCAACCAUUAACUGCAGUAAUCAUGGCAAUCAAGGUGAAGUGUCAAGUGCAUAAAAACUGGUUUGGUGACCCAUGCGGUCCGGAGACUAUUAUGGUGUGGGACAAGUUGGCAUGUAGCUACGCCACUGCAAGGGCCCCAAGGAUUAGACGUGUAGAUUGGUCACACAACCAGCUCAAUGGAGUAAUCCCAUCUAGACUUGUGAAAGGAGUCCAAGAUGGCUCACUGGAUCUAAGGUAUGGCAACAAUCGAGACCUUUGCCCCAAUGGCAAUUCAUGUGGGCUACCAAACAAACGAAAGAGCAAUCUGACUAUCUACAUUGCCGUCCCUAUAGUUGUGCUGAUAAUAGUGGUAGUAUUAUUACUACUCUUUUGCUUGCUAAGGAGGAAGAGACAAGGAUCAAUAAACAACUCUGUGGAUCCACACAAUGAAACCAUGAUGAGAUAUGUGUCAGGAAACGAUGUUCAUAGGGACAAUUCCUCACUGCAUCGACUUGAGAGUCGUCAAUUCACGUACGAGGAGCUCAAGAUGAUAACAAACAACUUCCAACGAGUACUUGGCCAGGGAGGGUUCGGGUACGUCUAUGAUGGUUUUCAAGAGGAUGGCACCCAUGUGGCGGUGAAGUUACAGUCUCAUUCUUCCAGUCAAGGUGUCAAGGAGUUCCUUGCAGAGGCUCAUAUUUUGACACGAAUUCAUCAUAAAAAUCUUGUAACCAUGAUUGGUUACUGCAAAGAUGGGAAAUACAUGGCACUCAUCUACGAGUACAUGUCAGAAGGAACCCUACAUGAGCAUAUUGAAGGAAGUAAACGCGAUGGAGGAUGUUUAUCAUGGAGUCAAAGACUCCGGAUUGCACUUGAAUCUGCACAAGGGUUGGAGUAUCUACACAAGGGGUGCAACCCGCCUAUAAUUCAUAGGGAUAUAAAGGCCACCAACAUCCUCUUGAAUGUGAGGCUAGAGGCUAAGAUUGCGGACUUCGGCUUGUCCAAGGCCUUCAAUGGUGGCGAUGAUUACGCAUCCACAAUGACACUCGUUGGCACACCCGGGUACGUCGACCCCGAGUACCUGGCGACGAUGCAGCCAACAACUAAAAGCGAUGUGUAUAACUUCGGUGUCGUGCUGCUGGAACUGGUCACAGGGAAGACUGCCAUACUGCAGGAGGCGACACCCAUCAGCAUCAUUCAUUGGACACGAAAACGGAUGGCACGGGGCCAUAUUGAAAGUGUGGUUGAUGCGUGUAUGUGUGGCAUUUAUGAUGUUAACAGUGUGUGGAAAAUGGUGGAAAUGGCACUCAAGUGCACUGCAUAUGUGUCACCGCAACGACCCACCAUGACCGGUGUGGUGGCUCAGUUGCAAGAGUGCAUGGAGCUCGAGGAAGGCAGCAUAUAUAGUUGA